UUCAAUAAAAAUCGCAAAUAUUAAUGAAAUUUGUUGUUGCUGCUGCAGCACGCCAAGGAAACAUUGAAACUUUUGUGUAUAAAAAUAAACCAAACAAAUCGGCGCCGACGUUGCCACAGCUAGCAACAAGAGAGCAGGCAGCGAAUUAGCAAAGAGAGCGAGUGCGAGAGCAAGCAUCCGCCCAGAGUGCCCCGUACCCAAUUCGCCCCGCAAGAGCCGCACAACCAUAACGCAAACGCCUCUGCUCAUCGGUCGUCAUCGAUAUUCGCGUUGGGUUUGUUUACGCGCGGAGCGUGCAGACGAACACACCCUGUGUGCACUUCAGCAAGAAGAGGUCAGUCAGCGCCCGAUCCCCUCACGCCCUGUUAAGCAUUGCGUGUGUGCAUGUCGAUUGGCGCCUUAUCGUCCAACACACAGGACCGGACCGCUCCUGCAACGAAAAGACAAACAACACGCCAUUGCCAUUGCCAUUGCCAGUUCCUCUUCCUUGCUUAGUAGGAAGCAGCCAUUACCGUUUUUUGUGACCAACAGCAUGAAAUGAGUGCCUCAUCAGUGUGCGAGACGGCAACGAAUUCAAGCGAAUUAUCAGCGGCAACAGCCAAGGGCAACAGUUGAACAAGAGAACGAAGAAGAAUAAGCAGAAAGCUAAGAACAGCAAGUGCAACAAAUUGUGUUGCAACGAAACAAACCGAAACGAGAAGCGUUCUAAAUACAGUAAACACCGGCUAAGAGAUACAAACAAACAAAAAAAAAAAGUGCACAAAAACCAAAAACAAGCAAAGCAAAUAGAAGCAUCGCCCGCGUCGAACAAAAACAGAAAGAAAAAAAAACGUGCCCCAAAAACCAAAAGAAACGAAAAAUAAAUAAACAAAAUACAAAACAAUUGAAGAGCAAACAUAACCUAAAAUCAAAAUCAGAAACCAAAUAAAAUCCGAGGCACGCACAAGGAGACAGGAGACGAGAAGAGUAGCGUCAGAGAGUACAGUGCACACUCGAUAUGAUGAACUCGACAACGAAACAUCUGCUGCACUGCACGCUGCUCUUCACUGUGAUAAUUGCCUGCGAAGUAUUCUCCGGCGGUAUUAAGAUCGAUGAGAACUCCUUCACCCUUGUCGAUCCAUGGACUGAGUAUGGCCAAUUGGCCACCGUAUUGCUGUACUUAUUGCGUUUCCUCACCCUGCUCACCCUGCCGCAGGUGCUGUUCAAUUUCUGUGGCCUCGUCUUCUAUAAUGCCUUCCCCGAGAAGGUUGUGCUCAAGGGCAGCCCCCUGUUGGCCCCCUUUAUAUGCAUACGCGUGGUCACCCGGGGCGAUUUUCCCGAACUAGUCAAGAUGAAUGUGUUGCGCAACAUAAAUACAUGCCUCGAUACGGGCCUUGAGAAUUUCCUGAUCGAGGUCGUUACCGACAAGGCAGUGCAUCUGGCCCAGCAUCGGCGCAUCCGUGAGAUUGUUGUGCCCAAGGAGUACAAGACGCGCACCGGCGCCCUAUUCAAGUCGCGCGCCCUACAAUACUGUCUCGAGGAUACGGUGAAUGUGCUCAACGAUAACGAUUGGAUUGUUCAUCUGGACGAGGAGACACUGCUCACCGAGAACUCGGUGCGCGGCAUUAUCAAUUUUGUGCUGGAUGGCAAGCAUCCCUUUGGCCAGGGCCUCAUCACCUAUGCCAAUGAGAACGUUGUCAACUGGCUGACAACCCUGGCGGACAGCUUUCGUGUAUCCGACGACAUGGGCAAGCUGCGCCUGCAGUUUAAGCUCUUCCACAAGCCGCUCUUCAGCUGGAAGGGCAGCUAUGUGGUCACCCAAGUUGGCGCCGAGCGUUCCGUAUCGUUUGACAAUGGCAUCGAUGGCUCCGUGGCGGAGGAUUGUUUCUUUGCGAUGCGCGCCUUCAGCCAGGGCUACACGUUCAACUUCAUCGAGGGCGAGAUGUACGAGAAGUCGCCGUUCACGCUGUUGGAUCUGCUGCAGCAGCGCAAGCGCUGGCUACAGGGCAUACUCCUGGUGGUGCACUCAAAGCUGAUACCGUUCCGGCACAAGCUGCUGUUGGGCAUCAGCGUUUAUUCGUGGGUAACAAUGCCGCUAUCCACAUCGAACAUCAUAUUCGCCGGCCUCUAUCCGAUACCCUGUCCCAAUCUGGUUGAUUUUGUUUGCGCCUUCAUUGCGGCCAUCAAUAUCUAUAUGUAUGUGUUUGGUGUCAUCAAAUCCUUUUCACUGUACCGCUUCGGGCUGCUCAAGUUUUUGGCGUGCGUUUUGGGCGCCGUCUGUACGAUACCCGUCAAUGUGGUCAUCGAGAAUGUGGCCGUCAUUUGGGGCCUCGUUGGCAAGAAGCACAAGUUCUACGUUGUCCAGAAGGAUGUUCGUGUCCUGGAGACUGUUUAAGCGCCAGCGCCAGAGCAAAUGCACUAAUUUAACUGUAAUUAACACAAAUCGAAAAUCAAUUAAUCAAAAUGCAAAAAACCAAAUGAAACAAAUUAAUCGCACAACAACAACAACAGGAGCAACAACAGCAGCAACAACAACAUCAUGAUCUUUUUUAUUCGUAAGCUUAAGUUGCACACACACACGCACACACUCACACACACAUACACACACACACACUUAUUGUUGUUACGUUCUAAACACACUGAGAAAAAUUUACUUUGGCCGCCCUUUUGCAACACUGUUAAAUUGCCAAAACAAAAAAAAA